AUGUGUAUUGCACUUUAUUAUAUUAAUCCAAAAGGAAAAUUCAGAUUUAUUUUGCUUUUUAAUAGAGAAGAAUAUUCAAAAAGACCUACUGAUCAAUUAAAAAUCAUUCUCAAUAAUGGAAAUGAUAUAAUAAUUGCAGGAUAAGAUAAAUUACAAUAAGGAACAUGGCUUGGAUUUAAUAUUACAAAUGGAAUGAUUGUAUUUCUAACAAACAAAAACCAUCUGUUUUAUGUUUCAUUUUAUUAGAAAAUAUCUUAGAUUAGAAACUAACUUAGACUCUAAUAUCCAAAACUCAUGUAAUAUUUUUACUCUACUCUUAAAUCAAGAGGAUAAUUAAUACUAGAUUUAUUAAAGAGAUCUAGUAUAGAACAAUCUCAAAACUUUGAUUUUAAACUUUAAGAUUAACAUCUUUAAUGCACUUAUCAUUUAAAUAAUAGAAAUUAAGAUGAUAAUUAUUUAAUAAAGAGUAGAUUAAUGUAAGCAUAAUUAAAGAAGGAAUAAUAUAUGGGAUUUAAUUUAUUUGUAGGGAAUAUAAUUAAUUAAGAGUAUUAUGUAUUAUCAUCUACAUCAAAUUCAUUUAAAUAAGUUAAUAAAAGUGGAACUGCUUGUAGUUUUAGUAAUAUUGGAGAGAAUUAAAUAGAAAAAGAAAAGAUUGCUUAAAAUAAAUUUGAAUAAAUAAUAGAAAGUGAGGAAGAUAUUGAUUUAUUAUUUGAAAAACUAUUUUCAUUAGCUUAAGAAAGAUUUUCAAGUCAUGAACUCUUUUUUAAGGCUUUCCCUGAAGAGUCUUAUUUUUUUAUCCCAGAAUAUACUACAAAAAUGGGAUAAAAAAGAGGUACAAGAACUACAUCUAUAAUUAUAUUUGAUGGCAUUAAAGUUGAAAUGAAAGAAAAAACGUAUUUAUGA